AUGGGUCUGCACCAAAAGCUCCCUGCUGGCCUCGAUGAAGUCGACGUAAUCGUGGCAGGCGGCGGCACGGCUGGUUGCAUCGUCGCCUCGCGCCUGGCCUCUGCCGAGCCCAACCUGUCCAUCCUCGUCAUCGAGGGCGGCAUGGACAACCACCAAGACCCGACCAUUGUCAACAUCGGGCUCUUCUUCCAGCACAUCAUGCCGGGGAGCAGGACAACGCUAUUCUACCCGGCCAAGCCGUCCAAACAUCUCGCCGACCGCGCGCUGCCUAUCCAAUGCGGCGGGGUUCUGGGCGGCGGCUCGUCCAUCAACAUGGCCCUGUACAGCCGCGCGCACCGCUCCGACUUUGACGCAUGGGACGUGCCGGGCUGGUCUGCCAAAGACAUGACUCCGUACAUGAAGAAGCUCGAGACUUACCACGGCAAAGGCUCCUUGGAUGUGCAUGGGCGGGACGGUCCGGUGCACAUCUCGCGCGGCACUUGGAGCGGCGGUGCUUCCGAGGACGAUUUCAUGGAUGCCGUCAGGAAGGCGGGAUAUCCCGAAGUAGACGACGUUCAGUCCCUCGAGGCGGUCAAUUCGUUUGGUCGCGCCAACCGCUACGUCUCGCCGGACGGUCGUCGCCAGGACACGGCGCACACCUAUCUGCACCCUCGCCUGCAGGACGGGCAACACCCAAACCUACAUGUCGUGGUGCAGUCGCAGGUGAGUCGAGUCAUCGUCGAGGACGGACGAGCAGCUGGGGUCGUCUUCCGACCGAACCCCAGGUUGCGUCCCCAGUACGCGGGCGACGUGACGGUGCGCGCGCGCAGGCUCGUCAUCCUGUCCUGCGGUGCUCUGGGGACCCCCGCAGUGCUCGAGGGCUCGGGCAUCGGCAACCCGGAGGUUCUUGGCCGGGCCGGCGUGGCGGUGGUGGCGGAGAACCUGGGCGUCGGCGUCGGAUACGAGGACCAUCAGCUCCUGGGCUCCGCGUACAAGACCAGCCUCGGGCCGAGAGACACGCUGAGCGACAUGUCAUUUGGUCUGUUGAGCCCAGAGGCCAUCUUUUCGGAGCGUCCCGAGAUACUAGGGUACACCGGCCAGGACGCGACCGGCAAGCUGCGACCGACGGAUGAGGAGGCCGCUGCUCUUGGGCCGGAGUUUGAGGCGGCAUGGGUCGCGGACUUCGAGAGCAAGCCCGACAAGCCAGUCGUGUGCAUGAGCAUGGUAAAUUUCAUCCCCGGUCUUCCUGGCGAAGGAGUCGCUCCGGGCCAGUACCUUGGGUUGACCGCAUUUAUUCUGCACCCAUGGUCGCGAGGUCACGUUCACAUCACCGGCCCCAGCCUCGACGACCCUUUAGACUUCGAGACCGGCUUCCUCAGCGAUGAAAAGGGUCUAGACAUGAAGCAGCACGUGUGGGCCUAUAAGAAGCAGCGCGAGAUUAUGCGCCGCAUGGCCUGCUUCCGCGGCGAGGUCGGACCCUGGCACCCCGCCUUUGCGGCCGACUCGGCCGCGGCCGUGACGGAGACGAACAGUCCGCUACCCGAUGACGUGGAGGAUAUCGUGUACUCGGCGGAGGACGACGCGGCGAUUGCAGAGUUUGUGCGCCGACGAGUGGACACGACGUGGCACUCGAUGGGGACGUGCAAGAUGAAGCCUCGCAGGCAAGGCGGCGCGGUAGAUGCGGCGCUGAACGUGUACGGGGUGGAGGGUCUGAAGAUUGCCGAUCUCAGCAUUGCUCCGGGCAAUGUUUCUGGGAAUACCAAUAACACGGCCUUGGCGAUUGGGGAGCGGGCGGCGGACAUUUUCAUUUCCGAGCUUGGUUUGACCGCGUAG